AUGUCCAACAACUCAACCCACCUCCUUCUCCUUCUCCUUUUCGUCUCCGGCGUCGCCCUCAUCGCUCCGAUAAUCGCAACCGACCACAUUGUGGGUGCUAACCGUGGAUGGAACCCAGGGAUCAACUACACCCUCUGGGCCAACAACCACACUUUCUAUGUUGGGGACUAUAUCUCAUUUAGGUAUCAGAAGAACCAGUACAAUGUGUUUAUGGUCAACAAAACCGGGUAUGACAACUGCACCCUGGAUAGUGCAGUAGGGAACUGGACCAGUGGCAAGGACUUCAUACUCUUCAAUGAUUCCGGGAGAUACUACUUCAUUUGCGGUAACGGUCAGUGCUUCAAUGGGAUGAAAGUCUCUGUGCUCGUCCAUCCUCUGCCCACGCCAACAGCUUCUCCAUCUGCUACGAAUUCUUCUUCAGACUCGGCUGGCCUGGUGGCUCCACGACUGGGAUUUCGUGUUUUGGUGGCAUCCUUGGCAGUGAUGUGUCCUAACACUAGGUGUAUAGCGAGUGAGAAAACUGCACUUCUUCAGUUCAAGCAGGGACUCCUAGAUGAGUCGAAUGUUCUUGCCUCUUGGGAAAGCAAGAAAGACUGUUGCGAGUGGAGAGGAAUAGCAUGCAACAACCAAACAGGUCAUGUCAUCAUGCUCGAUCUUUACUAUAAUUCUUCUGAUAGUUACAAUGUUGAAUCUCCCUUAAGAGGUGUGAUUGCUCCUUCACUACUUGGAUUGCAACACCUAAGUUACUUGGACCUCAGUAACAAUUACUUUGAAGGACUGAUUCCCAAGUUUAUUGGUUCUUUGAGUCGGUUGAAAGUACUGAAACUUGCAGGUGCUAGUUUCACCGGACCUAUUCCUCCCCAACUUGGGAACCUCUCUAACUUGCAUACACUUGAUCUUGCAAGGAAUUUUGUAACUUUUGAAAAUCUUGACUGGUUAACUCAAAUUUCUUCCUUGAGAUACCUAAACAUGUCGGGUCUAAACUUUUCUGAGGCUGUAAAUUGGCCACAGGCUAUAAGCAAGCUGCCAUCACUGAUAAAACUUCAGUUACCUUCAUGUAAUCUUCCUAAUGUUGAUUUGAGAUCACUUCCCUUUAUUAAUUCUUCCACCACUCUUGAAGUCCUUGAACUCUCUGAUAAUCUUCUCAACUCUUCAAUCUUUUACUGGAUUGCCAAUGUCAGCACCAAGUUUGUCCAUAUUGGAUUGAUGGGAGAUCAAUUACAAGGUCCUAUCCCAGAUGUUUUUGCAAAUAUGAUUUCUCUAGUAUCUCUUGAUCUCUCUUAUAACCUUCUAGAAGGUGGGAUCCCAAAAUCUUUUCAAAACAUAUGCAGCUUAGAGUCAUUGAAUUUAUGGGAAAAUAAGUUGUCCGACAGACUUGAAGACUCUGUAGGAAAUUUGGCUUGUUCUAAGGGUACCCUCAAGUCAUUGUUGUUAAGUGGGAAUCCAUUUUUUGGGUCCUUUCCUGAUGUACUGACAAGAUUUGUAUCCUUGAGAGAAUUAUAUAUUGAUGGUACCAAUAUGAGCGGAUCACUCCCUAAAAGUUUCCAGCAACUUUCCCAGCUAGGAUCCUUGAGCUUAGUUUUUAACCAGUUGAGUGGUUCAUUGCCAGAUUUUACUGGUCUUCCAUCACUAAGGUUGUUAUUUCUUUCCAACAAUCAAUUCAACGGGUCUAUACCUGAGAGUAUGGGGCUUCUUUCAAGCCUCGAAGAUUUGGCUCUUUCUUGGAAUUAUUUGACCGGUGCCCUCACUGAAGCUCACUUCAGAAACCUGUCUCGGUUACGGUCUUUGUCUAUAGAUCACAAUUCUUUGUCUUUCAACUUGAGCUUCAGUUGGUUACCACCUUUUCAACUAAAAAGUUUAGAUGUGUCUUCUUGCAAGAUUGGUCCAGCUUUUCCUAGGUGGAUUCAAAAGCAGACAGAACUCACUUCUCUUUAUAUGUCCAAUGCAAGUAUUUCAAAUUCAGUACCAGAUGAGUUUUGGGAUCUAUCUUCCAGCUUACUUGACUUGAAUCUCUCCAUGAACCAUAUCCAUGGGAAGUUACCUGAUCUAUCAUCAAAAAAUUGCACCUACUUUACAUUUGACUUGUCAUCUAAUCACUUGUUUGGUCCACUCCCCCCGUUCCCUCCAAAUGUAGCCAUUCUGGUUCUCUCCAAAAACAUGUUUUCAGGGCCCUUAUCUUCCUUUUGUCCAACAGAAGCUCAGGAGUUAUCGAAUCUCGACCUUUCUGACAAUUUACUAUCAGGGGAACUUCCUAGUUGUUGGGUCAAGUAUCAGGGAUUGCUGUCCUUGAAUUUGGGAAACAAUAGUUUCUCUGGAAAGAUUCCAAGCGCAGUAGGCUACUUAAAGAAUCUUGUAUUGUUACGCUUACAGGAUAACAAGCCUUCAGGAGACAUGCCUUCUCUUGAAAACUGCACAGAGCUGAGGGUUGUUGACCUCGGAGCUAAUAAAUUAUCCGGAAGAAUACCAGCAUGGAUAGGCCAAACGCUGACAAAGUUGUUGGUUCUGCGUUUACAUUCUAAUGAGUUCUAUGGAAGCUUACCCUUGAGUCUUUGUGGUCUACCUGUUAUUCAUGUUCUGGAUCUGUCUCAGAAUAACAUAUCUGGAGUAUUGCCACAUUGUCUCAAUAACAUAACAGCUUACACUUCUAUGUCUUCUCAGUUGGAGGAUCUCACUAUUCUUGGGUUUGUGCAACACUUGAGAAGCAUAGACAUUUCGAGUAAUUACUUAAGUGGGGAUAUUCCGGAAACUAUGACAAGUAUGAUGAGGUUGAUUUCUCUGAACCUGUCAAUAAAUAAUUUGACCGGAGUGCUUCCCAGUGACUUUGGAAAGCUGAAGAACUUAGAAGCUCUUGAUUUGUCACGAAACCAGCUAUCUGGUAACAUUCCUGCAAGCUUUUCGGGCUUAAACUUUCUUAGUGUCAUGGACCUUUCGUACAACAACUUGUCAGGAAGAAUUCCACUAGGUACUCAACUUCAGAGUUUUAAUGCCUCUUCAUAUAUGGACAAUCUUGGACUUUGUGGACCACCGUUAACUCCACGGUGCCCUGGAGAUGCAACAAAUCAAGAUUCUGCAGGCACUAGUGGAGCUGAAGGGGAUAAAACAGAAGAAGAGGAUGAUGGUCUAAUAACAUUGGGGUUCUAUGUUAGCCUUGUGCUUGGAUUCAUCAUAGGAUUCUGGGGAUUCUGUGGCCCUUUGUUGCUCAAGGUUUCUUGGAGAAAUGCCUACUUCCAGGUCUGGAAUGAUACCAAAAUUUGGAACUGCCAUGUAUGAGGCCACCUUACAGAGAAGAUUCAUAGAUAAAUGGUGAGGUAUAUUAUCUUGUAUCCUUAUUUGUUUGUGUUUUUUUUUUUCAUUCUUAGGAAAACGUAAUUUAUUUGUGUUUUGGAUUUGA